AUGGGUGUGGUCGCGGAGCAAGUGCUUAUUCCAGACGCAGUACCUCGGUCACUGAUCGCCGCUCUUGCGCAAAGUGACGCAUUCAACAACGGCGAUCGCCCCACGAAGCGGCGGAAGGUCACCAACUCGGGUCCUUACAGUUUGGCUCAACAGAGAGGCGUAUCUACAAGUGGAAUCCCUCUGGGUUAUAUUCCGUUGGCGCGACUGGCGCUGCGCAUGAACUUUUCGGAUGCCAUUGACUUUAAUAAUGAGAUAUCUUCUGAUCCAACAGAUAUCUCUUGUUCUCUUCCUGUCCUAGUGGACCUCAGAAGCUUUGGCGCCAGCCUUGACGACUCGAAUGGAAACACAGAACAGGGCCAACCCGGCCACAAAUCCUGGUCACUCGAAUUAAGGGCGACGGAUACGGAAAAAUUAGAUUUCCUGAAACAACAGUUCAAUGAUCUUCAACUGUCCAAUUUCUUCCAGCAACUUGAGCAUGUCACCAGACUGACCUCGGCUGACCGGUAUCUCAGCCGCAGUCCCCCGAGAGCUUGCUACCAAGCUUCAAUACGCCUUUUACCCGAAUACAAGUGUCUCCAACUAGAUGUUGUGACCCUUUGGGAAGACUCUCUUCAAAUUCCGGACUUUGUUCAUUUGCAGGAUCCGGUCUUGGAGGUAUUCGCAAAAUACGCACUGCAUGAGUAUUAUGAUUGCCCAAAAUCAUUGAGUGGCCAACGUGAGCGCCGUGAAAAAUUAUUGGGCUACUCCCGAGCAUGGUCACCUCGUCAAUUCUACGAGAGCGUUCAUGUUCCAUCGGACACCAAAAGCGCAUCCGCAGAGAUCCACUGUCCCGGACUUGCUUGUCAACUGUUCCCCUUCCAGCGAAGAGCUGUUCGAUGGCUUUUGCGGAGAGAAGGCGUGGAGCUUCAGAAAGACGGAAAGGUUACCUUGACAGAGAGAUCCCCAAGCGAUGGUCUCCCAGCGUCAUACAAAAAAAUGAAGGACGCUGAUGGAAAGACCUGCUACUUCAGUCACCUGUUUAUGACGAUUACCACCAAUAUCCAUCAUUGGUCUGAUGCUACAGAUCAUUUGAGGGGUGGUAUCCUCGCAGAAGAGAUGGGACUGGGAAAAACUGUGGAAAUGAUUGCAUUAAUAAACUUGAAUCGACGAGUCGCCAAUGAAAAUGUGAAAUUUGACCCUGAUGGUCUCAGGCCUUCCGGCGCUACCUUGAUCAUCACACCCCCUGCGAUCCUAGAACAAUGGAAACAAGAAAUUGAGCAACAUGCUCCUGGUCUGCGCGUGCAUCAUUAUACGGGCAUCAAACGAGGGCAAGAAAAGUCCGAUGAUCUGGUAAUUGAAGAGAUUGCGGACUUUGAUGUCGUCCUUACUACUUACAAUGUCAUCUCCCGGGAGAUUCACUACGCUGGUGCGGCUCCGAAGCGAAGCCUUCGCCAUGAAAAGAGAUUCGAGCCGCGUAAAACACCGCUGGUUCGCAUUUCGUGGUGGCGUGUUUGUCUGGACGAAGCUCAGAUGAUUGAGAGUGGUGUCAGCAAUGCCGCCAAAGUCGCCCGCUUGAUUCCGCGAGAGAAUGCUUGGGCUGUGACAGGCACGCCUCUUCGCAAAAACAUCGAUGAUCUGUUUGGUCUUUUGCUUUUCCUUCACUACAGACCAUUUUCUGACUCGAGUACUUUAUGGAAAAGGUUGUUCUCCCGCUUUGGACCUGUGCUCGUGAAAAUCAUCAAUGCAACUGCACUCCGACACAGCAAGGAUCGCGUGCGAGAUGAGCUUCGCCUACCACCACAGAAGCGCAUCGUGAUCACCACUCCAUUUACUGCGAUUGAAGAGCAGCACUAUGGACAGCUCUUUGAGGAGAUGUGUGAGCAAUGUGGUCUUGAGGCAUCGGGGGCACCUCUCCGGGAUGACUGGAAUCCAGAAGAUCCAGGGACCGUGGAGAAAAUGCGCACAUGGUUAACAAGACUCCGCCAGACAUGUCUCCAUCCAGAGGUCAGUGGGAGCAAUCGUCGGGCCUUGGGCGCAGCAAAUGGCCCUUUGCGUACUGUCGGUGAAGUUCUUGAGGUGAUGGUUGAGAACACUGAUACCUCUAUUCGCACCGAGGAGCGAACGCUCCUCCUGUCUCAACUUCGCCGAGGCCAGCUCCUAGAGAAUGCGAAGCGCCGAAAGGAAUCUCUGGCAAUUUGGCAGGCUACUUUGCAAUAUUCCACGGAGUUGGUGGAGGACAGUCGAAAACAAUUGCGAUUGCAACGCCUCAAAAGCAAAGACGACAAUGUCAGUAAUCGCGCAGGUUCUACCGAUGUUGUUGAUCUGAGCGAUGAGGAUAACGAGGAGGUGGAUAAGAACAGCCGCAUUGGUCAAUGUCGCCUCAGGCUCCGUGCUGCUCUCGAAGUCCAGCAUAUUGCCGUCUUUUUCACUGCAAACGCGUACUACCAGAUCAAAUCCGAUCCCAAUCUCACCCAACCGGACUCUGAAGAGUUCAAAGCACUUGAGAAGAAGGAAGAAGAGGGCUAUGAGGCUGCAAAGCUGAUUCGUAAGGAGAUGUUGACGGACAUUUCCCGAAAGGUUGAGCGUUACAUGAAGAUCAUCAAGGAGAAAAAACAACAAAACCAAUUCGUGCAGAUCCCAAAAUUGGAACCCCACCUUUACAACAGGGGACUUGUCUCAUAUCGUCUGAUUAACAAGCUCGAAGAUCUUUGUGAUGCCUUGAACAAGCACGCUGCGCAGUACAACGAAUGGCGAAAAGUCAUGGUACAACUUGUCUCUCAAUCCCUCAUUGACCAAGAAGAGGAUGCUGAGCUGGAGGGCAAUGAAUAUGAGCGGUCGACAAAGCAUCAAGAUGAGAUGUAUGUCUACAUGGAGGCUCUUCGGUCAAUGUAUGCCGAUCGCCACGACGCUCUUACCGGUCAGAAGAAUAUCUUGAUUUCCCACGAAGUCAAACUGGGCAUUAUCCAGGCACAAAAAGGUGAAGGUCCUUCCCCAGAGCUAUUCCUGCGCAUCAUGAACACCCGUAGUGAUCUCAUGCCUGACCCUGAGCUGGGAUCUCUUCGGGGGAUUGUCAGCGAACUCCGCAGUCUAGUGACUUCUCUUGAAUGGCAAGCGGGGGAGGGAAGCUCGCGUGCCAUUGCUGAGCUCGAGAUAGUGGGGAUGGUUUUGAAAAAUGCUGGGCAGAUGAUUUCUGAACAGCUCAAAGUGUCCUCCAGCCUGGAAAGAGAGGUAGAAAUGUUCCGUGACACCAUGAACAACCGCUUGGAGUACUACCGCCAUCUACAGCAAAUUUCAGAUACAGUUGCACCGUACGACGAGGAGAACGCGGGAAAGCCUAUGAACGAAGAUAUCUUUACCUCCAAAUUGGAGCAAGAAGAGGCCCUUGAGAAGAAGAUCGCGUCUUUGAAGUCCAAGAGGCGCUAUCUCAUCCAUCUGCGAGAUGAAUCAGGCUCAGAAGAUACGUCUAGGAUCUGCAUCAUUUGUCAGUCAAGCUUUGAAGUCGGCGUCUUGACCGUAUGUGGCCACAAGUACUGCACGGAUUGCCUGCGCCUGUGGUGGCGUGCUCAUCGAACGUGUCCCAUGUGCAAGAAACCUCUAAAACUCAACGACUUCCAUCAGAUCACAUACAAGCCACAGGAUCUUGUAGCUCAGGAGGAAGAGCCUCCCACAGAUUUUGAACAUGAGCGACAUUCCCAAAAUGCCAUCUACAGCGAUAUCAGCUCUGGGCUUCUGAAGGAGAUCAAAACGAUUGACCUCAAUGGCUCAUUUGGCACCAAAAUAGAUACCCUUGCCAGACAUGUCCUGUGGCUGCGAGAGCAUGAUCCCGGAACCAAGUCGAUUGUCUUCUCGCAGUACAAGAACUUUUUGACAGUCCUACAAAGAGCCUUUCAGCGCUUCGGAAUUAUCAGUAGCAGCGUUGAUGCUCCGGGUGGCAUUGAGAAGUUCAAGAAGGACCCUGCGGUUGAAUGCUUCUUGUUGCACGGAAAGGCCCAGUCAUCCGGAUUGACUUUGAUCAAUGCUACCCAUGUAUUCCUAUGUGAGCCUUUGAUUAACACGGCAAUCGAACUUCAAGCAAUUGCUCGAGUGCAUCGAAUUGGCCAGCAUCGCCCCACAACUGUUUGGAUGUACCUCGUCUCCGGCACCGUGGAAGAGUCAAUCUAUGAGCUAUCAGUCGCCCGUCGGCUUGCUCACAUCAUAGAGAAGGAGAAACAGGAGAAAAAAGCCCGUCUGAAGAUCCCAGUUGAUGGUGAUGAAACACUGAUUGGAGAUCUCACGGAAACAGCCAUCGAUUCCGCCAACUCAAUGGAACUACAGGACGCAAGUCUAAAUAAUCUGAUGACUAGUGGCUCUUCUGGUGGAGAAAUGGUCAAGAAGGAUGAUCUUUGGCAGUGCCUGUUUGGAAAUUCCACCCAAAAAGACCGGCAUGGCCACUCCACCGAGGCAGAAAGAGAGGUUGGCCGAUUCUUGCGAGGCGAAGCUGCUGAGCAAAGACGAGAGGAAACUACGUCUUGA